GUCACACGCUUUGCCAGCGCGCGGAAUCAGUGCUGAAUUUCUUCAUCGAUGGGUGCAGUCUUUGCCACGAGGCCUCUGCUGAUGUUUCCGCGGAGGUUCCUGUGACACCCCGCGAUGGGUCCAAUCGAGCGGGCAGCUGCAUGGAGUUUGCCCUUCCUCAGCACCUUGUGGCAGUGGUCCAGUCGAACCUUGGUGUGCAUGACUACGCCUCCCUCCGCGCAUGUUGUCACGAGUACUCCAAAACUGAAGACCUUGUCGACCACAUGGUUUCAUUGAUUCACCCAGAAAGGCCCGACACUUUCCUGGCAUUCCGGCAGCGCCAUCUUGACUCCAAGCGUGGCGAGCCUUCAAGCGGCUUUUGUGAAGCUGGCUUGCAAGGCUUCGAUUGCCUCUUCCUCAAGGGUGCCAUCGCUGGGUGGUGGCGAGCAAAGCCAAGCGCUGUCCGAAGUGUACUCGCCUGGCUGCAUUACCAUGCUGCAACAGCGGAGCCUGUGCAGUCCAGCAAGCUGCGGUGUGUAUUGUUCCAGAAAGUUGGCACGUGUUUCGAAGCCAUGCCCGAUGCAGAUGCCAUAGAGCAGUUAGGAAGAGAGGUCCUGAUGAUGCUGACAUCGGAAUCUUUGAAUGACUUGGACCGCCUCGGUGCAUGCCAAAGGAUGGCCUCAAGAACUGCGCAGGGAAACGCGGUCUAUGGCGGAAUUCUCGCGCAGUGGAUCAGGCAUUGCAGACGCUGGUAA